AUGGCUUCCCGACAAGUGGUGCUCUUGGCUGCCGCGGGCAUCGCCGCCGCCUUCCUCCUUGCGCCAGCCUCCGCCGAGGUCUUCACUGUCGGGGACGCCGCCGGCUGGACCCUCAAAUACCCUGCCACCUGGACUGACGGCAAAACCUUCGUCAUCGGCGACAGCCUAAGUAUAUCUUGCGUGCACGCGCGUUCGUUCGAUCCGCAACUCUUAACCAAACCCCGUACCGGAAUUCUAACAUCAUGGUGUUUGUUUGCAAUGUUCAUGUACCCCGCCGACAAGCACACGGUGAUCGAGGUGGGCGGUGCGGACUUCAGGGCGUGCAACGUGAUGGGGAACGCGCUCGGCACCUGGAACUCCGGUAGCGACACUGUCACGCUUGACAAGGCGGGGCGGAGGUGGUUCAUCUGCAACGUGGGUCCCCACUGCAGUCUUGGCAUGAAGCUCCUCGUCACCGUCAUGGAUGCUGCCGCUCAAUCCCCCGCUACCCCGCCGUCGUCUUCGGCCUUUUUCCUUAGCGGGGUGGUUUCAUAG